UCUUAGCCCACUUGAUUCUAGCAUCUACCGUCAGGCAGCUCCAGGUGCGGGGCUGAUCCCGGAAGCGGCGGUGGAGACAUGGCAGCGGCUGCGGGGGGCCGGGCGCUGGUGCUCUGCUUACUGCUCGUUUCCUUCAUCAUCCUACUCGUGCUCAGGGGCCACCCUAUAGGUCUGAAAGAGAUUGCAUUCUGGGCUGGGAGAAUUAUCUUGAUCCUCGCUCUUGUAACUUUUCUCGUUUCUGUUGUGGCUCCAUAUUUUUCCACAGUUCGUCUAUCUAGCUAUUCUCCAACAGUGUCUCCAGAUGAAAUGGCCAGACAUCAAGAGAUUGUAAGAAAGGGGCAACAAGAGCUCUUAAGCAAAAAGGCAACUGAAUACAAUGAAAAUAUCGUGAAACCACGUCAAGAAAUGAAGCUGAAAAGAAAAGAAGAGCAAUUGUACAAGAUGACAGGGCAAACUUGGAAAUUAACAGAAGGCCAAAGGCUUGGUGAAGCAGAGGAGAAUGAGAACCAUUAUGUGGACAUGGAAAAUGGUAUGGAAACAGCAAAUAAAGAAGCCAUAAGGAAAAGGAAACUUCCAGAGCAGAUCACAAAGCCCUUAACCAAAGAUGAACAACCGCAACCAAAAAAGGUUGUUACUUUGCCUGAAGAGCCUGAUCCACUAGACAAUGGAGUUGUCACCAUCGCUUUACGGUGCCCUAGCGGGCGAGUUUAUAGAAGACGCUUUUACAAGUCUUGCAGCUCUCAUGUAUUGCUGGAUUGGAUGAUGAAGAUUGGAUAUCACUCAGUCCUUUAUACAAUUUCCACAUCUGUUCCAAGAUGCCAGCUAGAAUUGAACAAUGAUUUAACACUGGAGAAUAUUGGCAUCACAAGACACACAGUUUUAAAUAUUGAAGAAAAGGAUCCAUCUUAAAGAGAAGCAGAAAUGAUUAUCUUCAUAUACCAUUCAGACCAUUGUAUUCCUGAUCAGAGUACUUUUUGAGACAACUGUGGCAACCAGUGGCGUAUCUAUAAUGGGUGCAGUGUGUGCGGUGCACACGGGCCCCUGGGGCCAGGGGGGCCCACACUGCACCCAUUUUUCCUAUACUUACCUUUCUGGUGUCCGUGUGUGGGCCCCCUCCUCUCUUGUCCCGUAGCGGGCAUCGGUGCUGUUAGCGCUCUGAGUGAGCACUAGAGACUCUGGCAUAGUGCCAGAGUGUACAGCGCAUGCGCAGGUCUCUGAAAAAAUGGCCGCCGCCCCAUUUUUUCAGAGACCUGAGCAUGCGCUGUACAUUCUGGCACUGUGCCAGAGUCUCUAGUACUUACUGAAAGCGCUAACAGUGCUGCUGCCCGCUACGGGACAGGACAGGAGGGGGCCCACACACAGAGACUGCACACCUCCUCUCUAGAUAUGCCCGUGGUGGCAAGACACAUUUAAUUGCAGACUCGUGGCCUCUUUGCACAAUUGAUGUCUCUAAAUGGCAAGACGUACUGUACAUCAUUAAAGCAGUUUCUCAGUCUUUAUAGAAA